AUGCUCGACAAGCUACCUUAUGAGGUCCUCCAUCUGGUUCUCCGGAACCUUGCGACCACACCGGAAUUGAUCCACUAUGAUGAUGAAGAACAAAAUGACUAUCAUCUCAGCAACUGGAAGACCCUCGCCCAGCUAUGCAAGGUCUCACGACAGUUGAGAGUUGUUGCGGAGCCUCUGCUUUAUCGAAGCUAUGCGAAACCUGAUUCCAGCUCGGAUCCCGAAGGACAUUACUCUUUUCGCAAAUUUCUUGCUACGGUACUUGGACGUCCGGAGCUUUUGCAAUGUAUUCGCUCAUUGUAUAUCGGUGCUUGGAGACACUAUACUAGGUGUGAACUACAGCAUGCUGCAAAGAGCAAGUAUAAGGCUUGCAAAGCUCGAGUCUGUGAUGUACACUUUCCUCCUGAACUGCACAGUCUCUAUGAUAAACACGCCAAAGCGUCGGUUCUUGGUGACGCUUGGAAGGAGGCGCUCGAUGCUGGUGAGGAAGCAGCCGAGAUUGCAUUACUGAUGAGCUUGACACCCAACCUGGAACGGAUCGAAUUUUGUAUGCCGCAUUUGAGCUUCGGGGCAGAUACUGCGCCUAUGUACUUUUGGCCGAGAUUGCUCGUGGCUUCGGCGGAUUGGGAGCCUUCGAGUCAUUUCCAUCGACUGGAAUCUGUGAUGAUACACAAAAAGAGCUUGAAACCUGGUAUGCGAUGGCCCCAGCCACAUGAAGCUGGCUUCGAGAUUGAUCCCUUCUUGCCUUUUAUUGGCCUGCCCCAGCUAAAGACCUUCUACAAUGAAAGCGACGGCCGCGGCUUCUACCGAAAGCGUCCAGAAGAGUACCCGAUCAAUGAAGAAGAGUCACAUCUGACAGAAUUGACCCUCGGUGCUUCGUAUAUCAACUCGCUAGAGCUGACACAAAUCCUCAAGCGCUGUACUAAGUUGGAAGUGUUCGAUUGCCAUUUCGAGCAAGAACGCUCAUUCAUUCCAGAUUUCUCUUGGAACACUGUUGGAGAGGCUUUGAGCAACAGUCGUCACACUCUCGAAGAAAUCACGUUGAAUGCCGACCUGAUGUCCCAGAUGGUGACGGAGGACAGCACUCCUUCAGAGGGAACCUGCGUUUCGAUUGGAUCGCUCCGAGCAUUUACCUCACUCAAGAAGCUUGAUGUUCUACAAACCACUCUCCUUGGAUUCGAGAACAUGAUCGACCAUAUCAACCUCGUCGUGCCUGCACUGCCUUUCGAGGAGAUCUUGCCAAGCAGUCUUGAGAGUCUUACGAUUGAUUGGUGUAGUCUAACCCUUGUACCUUAUCUGGAAGGCAUGUUGACCACGCUCAAGGAAAAGUUUCCACGCCUCCGAGAGAUACAGCUCAGUGUUAUUGAUCUCAACAGCUUCAAUAUGAAUCACGACCCAUGGGACCAGCACGAGGCUUUGAUGCAGGAACGAAAAGAUCGUGUGGAGCGUCUAAAGCAGGGGUUUAUCAAGGCAGGUGUCGAGUGGAUAGGCGGAGCUCCAAUGGUCGCAUCUGCUACUGACCAUAUCCACGAGACUUGA